AUGUCAGACACAGCCGAUAUAAUUGGCUUACACCAGAGAUCAGCUAGGGAUAUUUUCACCACAGGGUAUGCAUCCACUGGAGCCGAUGUACGUAUUACACCGAAUGGACAUGCUCAGAACAAUACAGGUCCUCCAAACAAGGUACCUUUCAUAUUCCUUUCAUUUCUUGUUUUGCUCGUUGCGGCCGUUUUGGGCAUUUCGGUUCUUAAAUACGUCAAACUAUCGACACCUGAAGUAUGUGAUAUGAAGAUGGCGGAAAAUCGGGAUUUCAACAAAUACUACGGGAUUCUUAGCAUGAACAACCAUUUUACAACACCAAGUUCUGAUAACUGUGCUUCAACUAUCAUAUUCAAACCAGCAUUACCGCAAGCAAUACUAAAACCUGAUUAUUCAGCAAGUUCAUUCUUAACAUUGGCACCUUACGGAACUGGGAAAACAUUAUUGAGAUGUGAAUAUUACAAAUCAUUACGACCAGAUACCUACUUCAAAGUAUUAAUAUUAAAUAAAGAGAUUGAUGAAUAUUUACAAAGAUUUGUCGAAGAGAAAGCAAUGAGUGGAACAGAUUGUGACAAGAAAAGUUGCAUCAUGAAAUGGUCAAGUGAUGACUUCGGCCAACAAGAUCAAGAAAAACUUCAUUUGUUAUUAGCAAUUAUUGAAGGCGAAGGUUUUCAAACCAAAGCAUUGCAAACUACUCUGUCGAGUAAUGUGUUAAAUAAUUUGAGACAUUUUGCAUUAUUUAUGACGAAACAUGUUAAAAAAACAGCCGUAUUUAUUAUUGAUGGAAUUGACGAAAGUCGGUUUUUCUUUGAGGAGAAUAAGGUCAAUAAACAAACAUUAGAAUUAUUUUGUCAUUCUUCGACUGCCCAAGAAAUUCUGCUAGCAGCUGUACCUCAGAACUUUUAUUUAUCGAUAUUUUAUCCUAAAAUAGAUGGUAUUAAUAUACAAGAUGCCAAUACUAGAAGUAGUAACUUUCCAAUACACACAAUAAACUGGGAUACAAAAUUAAUAAUUGAUUAUGCUGAUUAUAUUCUACAAGAAAUGAACAAAAAUGCAUCAGCAAGUCGUUGUAAAUCAUUUGCAGAUUUUAAAACACUUGUAAAUUAUUCUAACACGAGAAAUGCUGAAAUCAUUAAUCAAAUCACAACACCAAGAGCACUUCACUAUUUUAUGCAACACUUGAUAACAGAAAUGAAUCAGCGUACCGAUGAUGGUUCAACACCAUUUAUAGCAUCUUUUGAGAACAUUCACGCUGCUUAUGAAACCGCAGCUAAAUCUACUUUUAAGGUUCACUUUAUUAAUAAAUAA